CGCCAGAAUAGGACUUGAACAUGUCGGACCAGCAAUCCCGACCGUCUUGCAUGCACAUUACCAUACCUAAACCCUCUCUCCGCCGGGAGUACACCGCGAGCCCCCCACGUGUUCUACUCGCAACACCGUCCACUCCGAGUGGCCUCAUACCGCUCGGAUCGCCACGUAUAACACCCAUUGUUCAAGACAGUACAGAGCAGUCUUUGCAAACCGAUUGCUUCGCGCCAAUCGAGACCCAAAGCUCACUGUUCUCAAGCUUUUCCCUCUAUGAAGCGCAUGGGUUUAUUCCACUCUGUUCCGUUGCCCUCGAAGAGCCUAGGGAUGAUGCAAACGACUACUUCUCACUCCCCGCGAGCGACUCCUUAUCCAGAGAGACUUUCUUAGACGAUGAAAGAUUGCUGGACGAAGAACCUCGCCUGUCUCCCAAUCCAGUUCCUUAUGUAGCUCACGGUUUUAUACCACUUUGUUCUGUUGCCCUAGAACAGCCUGAAGAGUACGUGGAAGACUACUUUUCACUACCCAUAGAGCCUGUUUCAGCCUCAAAGACACCAGCAAAGAAACCAAAACUGUUUCCAACCCCGGGGUACUGGAGAAAGGAAGACGACCCAUCACCGGUAACACUACUGUGUUCCCUUGCCACAGAGAAACCCGACGAGACGAUGGAUUAUUUUUCUUUUCCUACAAAUCGACCAUUCCCUCCAAAAACUCCUGCAGGAACCCCACAACUCUAUUUCGGUGGCUUUCGACAUACAUACCACAAGGGGAUUAACUCAUUGACGCACCCAACUGGCAGUCCAUUGCGAGGGCGAGAGAUCAUUCCCGAAUUUGAAAGACUUCGCAGUCCAGACCUUACACCACUUCCAAAGAUGCCAGGUGGGGAUCUAACUCCCUAGUGGGUCGCUUGGAGAUAACUUGUGCAGGAUGCACAUGUCCUGCACUUGAGGUUGUUCAUGCAAGAAUACUUCAAUCAUCGAGCCCAUUGGGAGACACAUAGAUCACAUGACUCUGAUGCCUUCGUUGCCAAUGUUGUAUGUCACAUCAGCAGACUAGAAGCAAAUAAAACAUCUAUCAGGACACUGGGCUGCAAAACUUGGGGUGUACAGUGAUGACUGCAGAUGGUGUCGUACAGGUGUGGGUGGAUCGCGGCAGGAUGGCACGGACGCUCCUGGAUCGUUGUCUGCUGGGUGACCAAUAGCCGUGAGUGGCCCUGAUGCGUGAGAGUUUGUGUGUUGUGGCUGCUCGUAGUCACUCGUCGCCUUCAAAGCGUUGGUCUACGAACUCAAUGAAUCGGCGUAGAAACGAUCAAGGUGGGGAUG